UUAAAUAUCAACUCUCUUAGUAAUAGAACCAAGCAACAAUGGAUUCUCCUCAAUCUCAACAAUCCAAUAACCAACUUCAUGUUGUUUUUCUUCCAUAUCCAUCUGCUGGUCAUAUGAACCCUAUGAUUGACACUGCAAGACUAUUUGCUAAACAUGGUGUUAAUGUUACCAUCAUCACUACACAUGCUAAUGCUUCAAGGUUCCAAAAAUCCAUAGAUAGUGACAUCAGUUUAGGAUACUCCAUCAAAACUCAACUUCUUCAGUUUCCUUCAGCUCAAGUUGGUCUACCUGACGGUGUUGAAAACUCGAACGAUGCUACUUCCCGUGAAAUGCUUAGUAAAGUCACUCGUGGAGUAUGGAUGCUCAGAGAUUCUAUUGAAGUUUUAUUUCAAGAACUUCAACCAGAUUGUAUAGUGACAGAUAUGAAGUAUCCUUGGACUGUAGAAUCAGCUGCAAAACUAAACAUUCCAAGGAUUUACUUUUGCAGCUCAAGCUACUUCUCCGAAUGUGCAAUUUAUUUUGUUAGAAAAUAUAAACCCCAUUAUAAUUUAGUUUCUGAUACACAGAAAUUUACAAUUCCUUGUUUACCUCAUACAAUUGAGAUGACCCGUCAGCAACUUUGUGAUUGGGAAUUGGAAAACAAUGCUAUGAAGGCCAUUUUUGAACCAAUGUAUGAAUCAGCAGAAAGAAGCUAUGGGUCACUAUACAACAGUUUUCAUGAACUUGAAAAUGAUUACGAGAAGCUUUGUAAAAGUACAAUUGGAAUCAAAUCAUGGAGUGUCGGACCAGUUUCUGCCUGGGCUAACAAGGAUGAUGAAAGAAAGGCGAAUAGGGGACACAUGGAGAAAAGCUUAGGAAAACAGACAGAAUUGCUUAAUUGGCUUAACUCGAAGCAAAAUGAGUCAGUAUUGUAUGUAAGUUUUGGCAGCCUUACUAGGCUUCCUCAUGCUCAGCUUGUAGAAAUUGCACAUGGGCUUGAAAAUUCAGGUCAUAAUUUUAUCUGGGUUAUAAAAAAAGAUGAUAAAGAUGAGGAUGGAGAAGGUUUUUUGCAAAAAUUUGAGGAAAGGAUGAAAGAAAGCAACAAGGGCUAUAUCAUCUGGAAUUGGGCACCACAACUUCUGAUAUUGGAUCACCCUGCAACAGGAGGAAUUGUGACUCAUUGUGGUUGGAACUCAACUCUUGAAAGCUUAAAUGCUGGUUUGCCAAUGAUCACGUGGCCAGUGUUUGCUGAGCAAUUUUACAAUGAGAAGUUGCUAGUUGAUGUUUUGAAGAUAGGGGUCCCAGUAGGAGCAAAAGAAAAUAAGUUAUGGAUUAAUAUUAGUGAAGAGGAAGUGGUGAGAAGGGAAGAAAUUGCAAUGGCUGUUAAGAUUUUGAUGGGAAGUUGCCAAGAGAGCAAAGAAAUGAGGAUGAGAGCAAAGAAACUUGGCGAUGCAGCCAAAAGGACGAUAGAGGAAGGUGGAGAUUCUUACAACAACUUGAUUCAGUUGAUUGAUGAGCUGAAAUCAUUGAAGAAAUAUAAAGCGCUUGGUGAAAAUGCAGAUUAGACGAUUCCAAUGAAGAUGAUGUAAUCUUUGUACUUCAGGAGGUGUAUGUAGCUGAUGAAACACCAUCCAAUUAUUUUUCUCUAGCUAUUUCUUGCUGCUAUCUGUAAUUCAAUAAGAUGAAACAAAAUCGGAUCAUUGUUGUGCGCUGUAACAACAUCGAUUCUAAAUUAUGUUUUUGGUGGGUGUUCUAAACAUUAAAAUUUCAGUUUGCACUCAGUAUUGCACUGUUAUAAUUUUUGAAAUUUUUCAUUUAAUAAUUUAAAUUUAAUUGUAGUUUU